AUGUCUGGAGUCGAGGGAUUCGCUAUCAACCCGGAGUAUGAGGAGGGGUCGGACACGGAGAGGCGUUAUCGCAGCCCGGUGGGAUGUGACUGGUUCCGCGAUGCGACGGCAGCAACAAGGGAGAGGGGCAUGAGCGCGGCGUGGAUACUAAUUUUAUGUGAUGCGACUCAUUUGAUAUUCAACGACCGUCAGAUGGCACACCCGGUUCUCUUCUCCUUGCUCAAUAUACCCGAAAGGUUACGUUGGAUGCUGGGUGGCACCGAGAUGGUGGCGCUGUUUCCACCGAUGCCGGCGGAACUAACCGCAGAGGAGAAGACGGCGGUGUUCCAGACGAUGGUGGAUAUGGUUUUUGGCCCUUUGAUGCAGCUGCCCAAGAAAGAUAGCGAAGGAGUGCGUGUGGUGGACCACGAGGGCAAGGAGUACAAUGUGGUCCCAAUGUUGGCCAUAUACGCAUGCGACCACACAGAGUCCAACUAUGUCACAUGCACAAUGUCCGCGACGUCGCUGAAGCCGUGCUCGAUUUGUAGCGUCAACCGGUGGCAGCUAGCCAAAUUUGACGGGACCGUGAACCCCUGCCUACGCACGAUUGCUGGCCAGGCAGACGCGCUCAGUAUGAUGGCCCGAGCGUCGCCCGCUGAGCUUCCCCGUGUGAAGCAUGCAUACAGCACUCACUUCGUGAAGUGCGCUCUGUGGGAAUCGGAGUAUCUAGACACCCCGUGGGGCAACCUGUACUGCACUAUUGGCGUGUGUGUGCUUCAUGUGGUGGACGAAGGGGUAUGGCUUCAUGCGAUGCGUUACUUGGUUGCAAAGCUCACGCCUGCAGAGCUCGAGGAGCUGUUGCAGUGCGUGCUCGGAUACUACUCGAUACUACGCCGAUAUGGUCUCACUCCCUCUGCCAUGUGCCGCUAUGUCCCCCCUUCCUCUGUCAUGUGCCGCUAUGUCCCCCAUUCCUCUGCCAUGUGCCGUUAUGUCCCCCCUUCCUCUGCCAUGUGCCGCUAUGUUCCCCCUUCCUCUGCCAUGUGCCGCUAUGUCCCCCCUUCCUCUGCCAUGUGCCGCUAUGUCCCCCCUUCCUUUGCAAUGUGCCGCUAUGUCCCCCCUUCCUCUGCCAUGUGCCGCUAUGUCCCCCCUUCCUUUGCCGUUUGCCGCUAA